UUUCUUCCGAGUUUUAUGGUUGUUUUCAGUAACAGGGUUUUGCGUUCGUGGUGUCUGAGAGCGGCUCACGCCGGGGCGCAGAGGAAACCGCGUCCUAAGGCAGCGGAGCGCCUGGAAGCCUCCUGAAGCCCCUGUCCCAGGGGCUGACCCGGACAGACGGGCGCCUCUCUCACCCCUAGGGGGCUUCUGACGUUUAGGACGCAGGAAACAUCCCUUGGACUCCGCUGCACGUCCCAGCGGUCUUUUCUCCCAAGCCUGUCCCCCUCCUCCUCCAGGGAGGAGGGCACGGUGGGGCGCGGGGCAAGAACUCGUUUUGAUUCCGGAGCGCCGACCUUUAGACCUAGACCCUGUCCUGCAUCUUGCCCUGGGAGACGCACGGUUCCUACGCCGGCAGAAUAAACCGCGCGAAGCCCAAGGGGUGGGGGGGGUCCUGGCCCGGCCCGGGAUCCCCAGAGCCCUCGUUUCUGAACUAAGACCACCGAGAGCGGCAGCUCGUUCGUGAACCCGGCCCCCGGUCGUCUUCACCCCGAGAGGAAGGCAGAUUCGUUAUCCCCACACCUCCCCGAGCCGGCCUGGUCCCGCCUCCGGAGCGAGCCCGGGGCCAGAGCUGUAGGCGCUGCCCCGCCUCCCCCCGCCGGAAUCAGGUUUCGACCCCAGGAUUAGGUGAACUGAUUGGGGGGUUAAUGAGAGCGGCGUAGCGGGCAGCUAGCUCCCUUUCAGGCCCGCGCCCCAUCCCCGCUCUCUGGCUGCCAGAGCAGCCUGCUCUCUCUUGCGUCCUCUAAAGUGUUGGUUUUCCGCGGACUCCCGGACACCGUGCGUUUCCCAUCCGUCGCGCGCGAAUCCGGCUCGACUUCCCCAGAGCGAGGGUUUUGGUCUCCGCCUGGUUGGGGCUGAGCAAGAACCCGGGGGACGGUGGGCUGACGGCGGCUCCAGGAACCCUUGGAGCGGAGUGGGGAGCGCACCCGACCACCAUGCCGCGUUCGUUCCUAGUCAAGAGCAAGAAGGCUCACAGUUACCACCAGCCGCGCUCUCCGGGACCCGACUAUUCCCUCCGCCUGGAGAACGUACUGGCGCCAGGCGGAGCAGACAGCACCUCGAGCACUGGCGGGGCGAAGGCGGAGCCCCGUGGCCGUUUGUCCCCCGAGUCUCAGCUGACCGAGGCCCCGGACAGAGCCUCCGCGUCCCCCGGCAGCUGUGAGGGCAGUGUCUGCGAUCGGAGCUCAGAGUUUGAGGACUUCUGGAGGCCUCCGUCGCCUUCUGUAUCUCCAGCCUCGGAGAAGUCGGUGUGCCCGUCGCUGGACGACGCUCAGCCCUUCCCCCUGCCCUUCAAGCCGUACUCGUGGAGCGGCCUGGCGGGCUCCGACCUGCGCCACCUCGUGCGGAGCUACCGGCCGUGCGCGGCCGUGGAGCGCGGCGCCGGCCUGGGCCUCUUCUGCGAGCGCAGCCCGGAGCCAGGCCACCCCGCGGCGCUGUACGGCCCGGAGCGGCCUGCGGGCGGCGCGGGGGUCGGGGCGCCCGGGGGCGGCAGCGCCGGAGGCGGCGCGGGCCUGGGGCUCUACGGCGACUUCGGGCCCGCGGCGGCAGGACUGUACGAGCGGCCGGCGGCGGGCGGGCUGUACCCGGAGCGCGGCCACGGGCUGCACGGCGACAAGGGCGCCGGCGUCAAGGUGGAGUCGGAGCUGCUGUGCACCCGCCUGCUGCUGGGCGGUGGCUCCUACAAGUGCAUCAAGUGCAGCAAGGUGUUCUCCACACCGCACGGGCUCGAGGUGCACGUGCGCAGGUCCCACAGCGGCACCAGACCCUUUGCGUGCGAGAUUUGCGGCAAGACCUUCGGGCACGCGGUCAGCCUGGAGCAGCACAAAGCCGUGCACUCGCAGGAACGGAGCUUCGACUGUAAGAUCUGUGGCAAGAGCUUCAAGAGGUCGUCUACACUGUCCACACACCUGCUCAUCCACUCCGACACGCGGCCCUACCCCUGUCAGUACUGUGGCAAGCGGUUCCACCAGAAGUCGGACAUGAAGAAACACACCUUCAUCCACACAGGUGAGCUGAAGGCUCUCGCGUCUAAGGAACAACACCUGGUGAGGGGUGGGAGGCGGGGGCAUGGGCCAGCAGGAUUCACUUUCUCUGUGAGCUUCCGGCCCCAGAAUAGGUGCAGGCGUAAUCACUGCAGUGUGUUAAAACCAGGGGGCAGAUGCUCUUCGGUUCAUUUACAUACGUGAUUCCCCCCAGAGUUGGGGGCUGUGUCUGAAGAAGCUCUCAGCAGGUCAGCUGCAGGUUCUCUGUCCUGGCAAAGAAUAGUUUCCUCUAGUUUUAGCAGCUGCUCCAACUGCUGCCUGCUCCAGGUGAAAUAUGAAGCUCCAGGGUCCUCCCAGAGCUGGCUUGCAAUGUUUACCUAGUGACUGCGACUUUCCCUAGGGUGGCCACCCAGCCUUUGGGGGAGGGACUUAGGUGUGGCCUCUUGGCUGCGUUUUUAGGAGUCAGACAGCUCAUUCUGAUUGAGCAGGGAAAACUGGUAAGUACUACUAGCCUUUUUCUGCUAAGUACUUUUUCAUUGCUUUAUCUCACGUUAUACUCACAACACCUCAGGGAGAGAAAGACUCUUCUUUACCCCCGAUUUAGAGAUGAGGAAAGUGAGGCACAGCAGGGUUAGAUAGCCUUCUCGGGUCGUAGUGCCAGCAAGUAGUAGGGCCAAGACUUAAAUUCAGGUCUGUCUGCUCUCAGAUGUGUACACUCUUGACCUACUGUUUAUUAUAUUCUGUUUUCAGAGUCAAGGGGAUUGGUGGGUAUUAGAAAAUUUCUGUUCAUUUAUUGCCCUUUUCAUGAUACCAGCGAGUUCGCCCCCAGAGUGAUCAUUCCGUACCUAUCAUAAUGCUUGAUAAUUUACAAAGUGUCAUUCGAGUCUCACUGCCAUCCCAUAAAGUAGAAGGAGCUGCUCUUACCAUCCUGAAACUCAGAGAGAUGGAAUGAUUUACCAAAGGUCAGACUGCGAGGAAAUCAUAAUAGGGCCGUGGGAUGCUCUGGCUUCCAAUCCUGGGCUCUUCCUGGAACACUUUGAUUGCGUGUAGGUGGUGGUUUUCAUGCCGGGACCACUCUCUUUAAUAGUCAACCAGACAUGGACACGAGACCUAGACUUUGAUUUCAGAACAUGAAUACCACUGACAAUAAGUUGCAGGGUGUUCCAAACAACCACCCCAGGUAUUAAUAAAUAUGCUUGGGGCAGCGUAGAUGCCCCAUCAGAAAACCUAGAAAAAGACCCUACUGUCAACAUUGCCCUCUUGCCUGAAAUUUCCACGGAACUCACUCCUUCUGAGUAAAGGGGCCCAAGACAUUUACCAAGAUGCAGCUAGGAUCCUGACGGCAGGAAACAUGAAGCUCUUACCGAACAUUCCCAUGGCAGCUAGGAUUCGUUUCUCAGAUUUGUCUGACCCGAAAAGGAUAGGAGAAGUUUUGACGAGUGGCUCCUUAUCAAGGAAAUCUGAAACAUGAAGAUAGAAGGGAGAACAAACAGCAAGAGGAACAAGGGUUUCCUCAAAAACAACUUCACCAAUUUGGUGUUCCCUCCCUGCCCCCUUCCCCCCAGGCCAACCCCUGCUGAGGCUGUUUGGAAAAUCGAGUCACCUCCCCAGAUGUUAAGCAGCACUUGAAUGGGAGCGGGAGGGGGGAACCAUCCCUUUUCUAUCUGCUCCUUAUUCAUCUAAGCUGAAGCGUCGCUGGUAGAUAAGGAAUCCUGUGAUUAACCUCACAAAAAGAAAGUAAAAUCAAGAUAGAAAAAGGAUCAGCUGCCUUAAGAAAUCCUUUGCGACCGAGAAGUGAAUUUGUUUAAAGAGGAGACUUUGCGAAAUGCCCACAAUUCGGAUCCAUUCUCUUGGGCUCCCAGAGCAAGAAGGAAAACAGGCUCGCGGUCCAUGCAAACCAACACCCACUUGGAAACUCAGAUUUGCAAACUUCCUCUCAAUGAGGGCAGAGUCACAUGGUGUGAAAAACAGCACGCCCACCCCCGCCCCCGCCUGCCCUGCGCUGAACAUCUGCUGUGGAGGCUCUCGGCUUCUCAAGGCCCGGGAGUCCUCCUGGGGUGGAUUCAGCGGCAAGGCUGCGGAGGGCACGUGGCCUCGGCUCUGUUUCCGUUUAGCAGGAAACGGUUUGAAGCUUCUGGCUGGGAACCCCCAGCCCAGAGAGCCUCCCUUUCGCCCGGUUGCAGUCCCGGCUUCCCAGGCCACACGUGUCACCCUCCAAGCUGCUCGAAGGCCUUAGACUGUGGUGCCAGCAGGUGCUGCCAAGAGCACGUGAGUCACCGGGUCCCCUCUGGCCUGAGCAGAGACUCACGCUUCCUCCCUCCGCCCCUCCCCUCCCUGUAGGUGAAAAGCCCCACAAGUGCCAGGUGUGCGGCAAGGCCUUCAGCCAGAGCUCCAACCUCAUCACCCACAGCCGCAAGCACACAGGCUUCAAGCCCUUCGGCUGCGACCUGUGCGGGAAGGGCUUCCAGAGGAAGGUGGACCUCA